UACGCCGAGGGCUGCAAGGGCGGCAGGUGCGGCGAUGCUGGAUCCAGUACAGACGGCGGGUGUUGAGGCCAGGGUGGAUCGACACUAGUUCGGAAGACGGUGUAGUGGUCAGAGUGGGCGGGAUUUGGUACAGGUAACGAGUGUUGAGGUUAGAGUGGACCGGCCUUAGAAUCGGAAGCAGGUGCAGUGACCGUGGUAAACUGAUCCUGAUAAGGGAUCCAGGAGGAGUGGCCUGGGAGGCCCACUCACAUCUUGCUAUAAGUUUCUGAAUACGGCGCAGGGUCGUUCGUCGUUUGACAGUACCCCUUGUUGCGUCGCGUCCGGUGCAGCGGGGCGUCUGGAGAGCAGCAGUGACUGCCGGUCAGCGCCCGCAGCGCUGUGAGACCGCCGGCCAGCGAUGAUGGACACCUACGAGACGGUGGUGUGCGUGCUGUCGCUGCUGAACGGCGUGGUGGCCGUCGUCGGAAACACGCUGUUCAUCGUGACCUUCUGCCGGCGGCGCGAGCUGCUCAGCCCGAUGCACGCCUACCUGGUCUCCAUCAGCGCCGCCUCGCUGGUGGUCGGCAUCAUCGUCCUCACCGGCGUCAGCUACUUCAGCCGACCCUACCACCUGGGCUUCAGCUCGCCGCAGGCCUGCCUCUACCAGUGGGUCAAGUCCUGGAUCAUCACCGCGGCCUCGGUCAGCAUCAUCUACUGCCUGCUGGCGGUGGCAGUGGAGCGGUACCGAACGUGUGUGGGCGCGCCGGCGCGCGGCGCCUCUCUGACCAGCACCGUGCUGCUGAUCGCGCUCAUCUGGGCCGGAGCGCUCACCUACACGGGCGCCACCAAGUACAUGACGUUCCAGAGCCUCGAGUCAUUCGCCGUGGUGAUCGAUAAUGGUGACAGCCUGAACGGCAGCGCCCCGGAGGUGGGCCCCGUGCAGCUGAAACUCUGCCACUACUGUCGCAGUUCUGCCGACCGCGUGUGGCGCGCGCACGUCGUCUACUUCUCGCUAGGAUACGUGGUGCCACUGGCCGCCAUGACCUUCCUAUACGCCAGCGUGAUCCGGCGCCUGCUCCGCAACCUGCGCCGUGAUCGCAACAACAGCACCGAGCGCGCCAAACUGCGCGCCAUUCAGGGCAUGGUGGUGAACGUGUGCGUGUUCGCCGUCAGCUGGGUGCCGUUCUUCGCCGUGCAAAUGCUGGCGCCGCUGCUCACGCCGAGAAUGACCCCCGGGGGUGGUGCCGAGCUCCUUCCGCCGCGCACCCGGCUCGUACUGGACGCCUUCACGCUGUUCGGCACGGCUAACUCGUGGGUGCACGUGCUCGUCUAUCUGCGCUACAGUUCACAGUUUUCCACGGCAGUCAGAGAAAUGGCGGUGGAGGGCGCACAGACAGCGCGGAGACAGUCCGUGCGCGUGGUGCGCCGGUUCCACCGUCGCUCGCGGCAGUCUCGCUCGUCGUCGACGCGUCAGACUCGUCUGAGUGUCGAAACGUCGCACUCGGUGACGGCGGCGGCCGGCUGCCAGCUGUCCGUCAUCAGCCAGCCGGGCCACGUCAUCGAGUGCGCCGUCCAGGUGUGAAUAAACCCGACAGCUCUCCGCUACAAGACGGUGGACAUUUUAUCAUGAUGAGUUACAGACGUUUAUGAGUCAUGUGACCAAGUGAGUGACUAACGGUCGCUGGGUACGGGGUCGGCAUUUGUGCCGCUUCUGUCUGUCGGGACCUUGCUUAUCUUCUCUGCUAAGUGUAAACACCACGGAGGAAAAGCGGCGAGGACAGACUUACUUCCAUCAGCUGUGUGAGAUUUCUGCCCGUGGCGAUUGACUCGGGAUGUUCUCCUGUUUCCAACGUGGCUAAGUAACUAUGCAGAAGAAAAGCAGUGGGGAACAAGCAAAUAGAGUAGCGAAAUAGAAAAUCCGCGGAUGUAGGUAUGAAUAGCGUGUAAUAUAAAUGCACGUCCAUAUGAAUACUUCCGUGCGCUAUAAACGUCUAGUUAAAUGUGCGCUGCAUCACGAACUCCCUUAGCGUCUGAGAUGGAAGCCUGAGUCGGUGAGGUGUGGUGCGUUUAAAUACUACACAACUAUGUUGAAACAGUAUUCGAUCUCUGUGUCUUGGGAACCUCGCUAAGUUAGCCGUCCUAAAUGGACGUAUUGAGCCGCGAUACUCGUGUAUGGUAUGUAAAAGAUAUUUAUGUACAAAGAGGUGUACCUAAUAAACCAGC